AUGUCAACAAUGUCAUCGAAUAGAUUCAACAACACCAGCGAUAUCACUGCAACAUCUCCAUCGCCUAUAACAACAUCAAAAACAUUUCAAUCGGCAUUAGCAAGUGUUUCACAUGCACUGAAUGGAAUCAAUGUUCCUGCUGAUUCAAAACAGUUAUCCAAUAAAAUGGCAACAACUACUUCAACACCCCCAAUAACAGAAUAUCCUGAAGAUCGUUCGUCGAAAGAUUAUUACUUCGACUCUUAUGCACAUUUUGGAAUUCAUGAAGAAAUGUUAAAAGAUGAAGUCAGAACAUUAACUUAUCGUAAUUCAAUGAUUUAUAAUCGACACCUAUUUAAAGAUAAAGUUGUGUUAGAUUUGGGUUGUGGAACUGGAAUUCUCUCGAUGUUUGCCGUCAAAGCUGGUGCGAAACUUGUGAUCGCCAUCGAUAUGUCGAAUAUAAUUGAAUAUGCUGAACAAAUAGUCAAAGAUAAUAAUCUGUCAGAUAAAAUCAUAUUGAUUCGUGGAAAAAUCGAAGAAGUUGAAUUACCAAAGGGGAUCACGAAAGUUGAUAUCAUUGUAUCCGAAUGGAUGGGCUAUUGUCUAUUGUAUGAAUCAAUGUUAAAUUCUAUUUUGUAUGCAAGAGACAAAUGGUUGGAUAAGCAAACUGGUCUGAUAUUUCCAGAUAAAUGUAAUUUGUAUCUAUGUGCUAUUGAAGAUCGUUCAUAUAGAGAUGAAAAAAUUAAUUGGUGGUAUAAUGUGUAUGGAUUCGAUAUGAGUGCAAUACGUGAAGUAGCUAUUAAAGAACCAUUAGUCGACUGCGUGGAUAACCGCCAAGUUGUAACAUCUCAUUGUCUAUUGAAAGAAUUUGAUUUGCAUACAGUGAAGAUUGAAGAUUUAUCGUUUGAAACACAUUUUCAAUUAGAAGCAAAACGUUCAGAUUAUAUACAUGGAUUAGUAGCGUAUUUCAGUGUAGAAUUUAGUAAAUGUCAUAAAUAUACUGGAUUUUCGACGGGUCCCGAUUCAUCGUACACACAUUGGAAAUCGACCAUUUUCUAUUUGGAUCAAGAUGAUAUACAAUUAAAUAAAGGUGAUAAAUUAAAUGGUAUAUUCAAAUUAAAUCCAAAUCCAAAUAAUCAAAGAGAUUUAGAUUUUGCAAUUGAAUUAAGAGGUGAAGGGCAACAUUUAAUACAUGAAAGUAUGGUUUAUGGUAUUAUUCUUGAAAGUGUACGUAUUCAUAUUAUCGAACGUUUUGGCACUCAAACAUGGCAUGAAAUUCAAGAAUUACUUGAAUGGGAUUUCGAAGCGUUUAAUUUGUAUCAAUUGUAUGAUGAUCAGUUCAUGCAAAAAAUAGCUGAAGGUUAUGAUAAAAUACUGCGUGUAGCUGGAAGACAUUAUCAUGAUUUUUUACUUUCAAUUAAUCAACUUCAUGAUAGUACAAGAUUUAGUUUUCCUCUAAUGAAAUCACCAUUGUUUCAUGUUUCUGAUAAAGAUGAAAAUGGUGUUGUCUUUCAUUAUAAAUCAAGACGUCGUGGAUUUCAACAUUAUGUUAUUGGACAAUUGAAAGAGUGUGCAUCAAAAUUUUAUCAUCUUAAUAUUCAUAUUCAAAUACAACAUGAUAUAUCAACAACUGAACACAGUCACUUUAUAUUCCGAAUAAAUUUCGAUAAUUCAAUUAUCAAUGAAACAUCUAAAAGUUUAAUGCACACUCUAACACUUCCCAAUGUUUCAAGUUCAACAUUUUUCAAAGUAUUUCCUUUUUGUGUUGUUUUUGAUCCAGAUAUGCGUAUACGUCAUCUUGGAAGAAUUAUUAAAAAUUUAUUUCCAUUAGAUUCUUUUCCUAUUGAUCAUCAGUUAGAAGAUGUAUUUCGAUUAGUUCGACCCGAUGUUAAACUUAUAUGGGAUAAGAUUUUAUAUUAUGGAAAACAUAUCGUAUUUGUUAUGGAAACUAAAAUUCCGUUAAGACAUAACAGUGAUGAUAAAUAUCCAGUUAUUCGUUUGAAAGGUCACAUGAAACUAAUCCCAGAUUGGAAUAUGAUCAUUUUUUUAUGUCAUCCAUUAUUAUCAACAACGGACGAAAUGUUAGCAUUAGGUUUAUGCUUGAAUGAUUUAAAUUUUUAUGAUGGUAGUAGUGAAAUAUUAGUUUCAGGCAUGCAUCAUGAUCGACAAAUUCAAUUAGCGAUUGAUAAGCAACAUUCAUGGAUAACACAAUUACAACAUUCUAAACAUGAAUUGCAAGGAUGGCGACGAGAAAGCAGACGUCUUUUAUAUUCGGUAAUGCCACGUCAUAUCGCUCAGAUGUUAGAACAAGGCGUAUUGGCAAAUUCGAUAUGCGAAUCUCACGUAUUGAUAACAAUUUUGUUUGUCUAUUCAAUGGAUUUUAAAAAUGUUGUUGAUAAACUCGAACCAGCAGAAAUUGUUGACUGUAUAAAUCAAACAAUUACUACCUUUGAUAAAUGUACCGAAAAAUUUGACGUUUUUAAAGUUGAAACAAAGGCUGAUUUAUCGUAUAUGGUUGUUGCUGGUAUGAAAGAUCGAUAUCGUCGUGAAUCAAACAUGAAAAAUCCAUUAGAACUGAAUCAGGCAGAAAUAAUCAGUGGUUUAGCAUUAGACUUAUUAAAAAGUUCAAGAAUACUAAUAAAUCCGGCCACUAAACAACCAUUACGAUUUAAAAUCGGAUUUCACUCCGGAUCAGCGGUCGGUGGAAUCGUGGGAAAUAAAAAUUAUCAAUAUUGUCUAUUUGGAGACGUUGUUAACACUGCUUCACGAGUGACAACAACAGGAGAUAUUGGAAAAAUUCAUGUAUCCGAAACUUCAUUCGAAUUAUUGCGAAACUCGCCGUAUUACGAGUUAGUUUUUGCAGGAAAUACAGAAAUGAAGGGCAAAGGAGCAAUGCCGACUUAUUGGUUAGUCAGGGCAAUGCAAGCUGCUGAAUCAAUAAAUAAUCUGUUCAGAUAUGCACAUACGUCAGCUCCAAUAUUUGAACAAAUUUAUGAUAACCGUGCAAAAACUACAACACCUACGCUAUACAAUGAUGUCAAUUGUACAAUAAAUGAUGAUGACCGUAAUAAAAAUGACAAAAUAGUGACAAGUAAUGAACCUUCAAAAGAACCAAUAAAAAGAUCGACGAAUAAAACAACUCCAGUUAUUCCAUUACAAUGUCCGUUUUCGGGCAAGAUGUGUUACUGA